AGAUUGAACACGUCAGCGUGUAGUUGUGUCUUGACUGAUUUGCAAGGAGUAAUUCAUGUUCAACGCAGCCUUCGACUUGAAAUCUCUCAAUUAAACGACAUCAUGACGGAGGAGUAUGAGCACCGGUACUUUGAUCGUAAAUCUUCAGAAUGGAAGAUUGAAGAUUUUUUGAACGAGUGCGAUGCAGAAGGAUUCGAUCAUAAGAUAGGGAUUUAUAUUAGAUCUCUCAAAAGCAUUGCAAAGAGUGGAGAAGGUGGCACCUGUCCCGAUAAGAGACUAGCAAAAAGGUGGAAAGAUGACCAUGAAUCUGCUGCAAAGAAAAACAAAGGACAUUCAGUACAUUUCCAUCAACCAUUGAUCACUAAGAGUUCUGUGUUUGGAAUAAAUGAUGGAAAUGCAAACAUAGUGUCCGAGUUGCCUAGAAAAAGGAGAAAAGGGCAUAGUACUAUCCGAGGGAAACUUCUUGAUUACCUUGAUCAAAAAACUGAUAAAGGCAGUUAUGAGUUAGAGCAUGGGGACCUCACUCCUGGACCUCUUACUGAUGAAGACAGUUAUGAGUCAAAACGCGGGAGCCUCACUCCUGAAACUCUUACUGAUCAAGAACAUGAAGAUCAUGAUGACCAGUUUGAGUCAUCAGAUGAUGAAGAGAUUACCAACAGUUUCAAUACUGAAACAAUGGCCUUUGGUGACUAUGUAAAUGAUAUAGAGGAGAAAUCUGUCUGGAAAUUAAAGGAUGGCCGUCGAAUCAUUGAUGUGCUUGCUGAGAAUACUGCGAAAACUGUGAAGUGCAUAUCUAUGAAGAGCAAAAAGGAGCUGACUCAAUACACCAAGAGUGUCAUCCGCUUAGGGCUGUCUUCAGUCCUUGAUUUAUCUUCAGAGUUUAAAGAUGGAAUGUGCCAAUGGUUUGGUGAUGAUUGGGAUGAUAUCAAAGAAAGGGUAUACAAGCAGGUUAAUAUGACCCCAGUCUCCUUUCAAGAUGAGGUAAAAGCCCUUGUGGAUACAAUUGACAAUAUGUGCAAUGCACAUCGCUAUUUUGAUUUAAGAAAUCAUUUGUAUAAUAUACGAACCAGUGAUCAUGCUCCUAUGGUCAAACAAGUGGCAACAAUCUACUUUCAUGUCAUUGAUAAAUUUCUUGAGAACCCAUUUGUCUUUGUAGAUGAAAAUGGCAAGCAUAGAAAUCUUUCAGAGAUUGACUAUGGCAUGCAGGCCAUUGGACCACUUCUUGAUGACAUCUUCAGUGAUUUGAAGGACAUUAUAGAACUAAAAUGGGGUGAAACAGCAUCAACAAGCAUUGCAGAACGGCGACGCAAAAUUGAUGUACGGAUUGUUCACCGUGCCAACAACAUCGAAUUGGGUCAUAUUGAGUGUGCAAGAUUUUCUUUUGCUGGAAAAGCUGUACAAGAUCGAUCAAAGUGUCUGCGAGUGUUAAAAUCUACACUUGACAGCUAUCUUAUGAAAAUUAUUUCUGAUAACGAUGCAAGAAAUUCAGUUACAUUUGGUCUACAAUUUUCUGGCCUUGAUGGUCAGGUAAUUGGAAUAGACCUUCUGGACAAAAGUCUUUACUUUGGUCUAGAAGGACCUACAUUUAGGCUUCCUAAGCAAAUUACAAACAUUAAAUGUCUUCGUCAAACUCUUGAAACAUUGUAUUUUUUCAAGAAAAACAUUAUCCAAAAAGCAAGCAUUUUGCCUGAUCCUGAAAAGCAAAACCAUGUUUAUACAAAAGUAUUUCAUAAUAGUUUGGAAAUUUGA